GCCUGUUAUUUUAGAAACUAGUGGACGCGGGGGAAGAGUAAGAGUUAAUUUAUAGUUUAUUAUCACGUGAUAAUAUGCAACAUAAGGAUCUUCAAAUAGUACUGUAACAAAACUCGUUCACAGUCGUAAAUAAUUAUGGAAGAAGCAUCAAGGCAACGUAAAGAACGUCUUGAGGCUUUAAGGAAACGUAAAUUAGACUCGGAUACAAAUAAAAAUGAUGCAGAAGAAGAUAGUAAUAAUAUCGAAAAUCCAAUAUUAAAAUUUCGCAAUUAUACACCGAUAAAUGAAGAUAUAAAAUCAAUAUCAACGGUUAACAUAGCUACACCAAAAGACAUAACUGAUACUUUAGAGAAUACGGUUGAAAAAAUAGCUAAACAAGUUAAAGAAGAGGAAGAAAAGAAGCGUGAAGAAGAAGUAGAUUUAUUUAAUUUAGCACCAAAAAAACCAAAUUGGGAUCUCAAAAGAGAUGUAGAAAAGAAAUUAGCUAAAUUAGAAAAAAAAACACAAUCUAGUAUUGCUGAACUAAUAAGGAUAAGAUUACAAAGUGAAUCAAAUGAAGACGCAAGUGUUGAUUUGGUUGAUGCUGUUAAUGCACAACAAAAAGCUGAUACUGAUGGUGAAGAGUCUGAUUAGAUUGACUUGAAGUAGCUAUAUUCAAUUAACUAAAUGAAAACUUUAUUGAGAAAUAAAUUUAAAUUUUCAUGGUAAUUUUAGACUAUAAAAACAAAAACUAAAUAAGUAAAUAUAUAAGUUAAUUAUCAUUUAA